AUCAAUCCAGUAAUACUAAUAAAUAUAAUAUAGCUUUGCUUCAAUUAGAAUCUAUUUUACUUCGAAAUGGAACAUCCCUCCAAAAUUUUCCUAAUAUGCCUAUUCCAACACCAUUAUCUCAAGACCAUAUUCACCAUAAUUGUUUGAUUGAAGAAGAAUUACAAUAUAACGUUCCUUUACUUGAAC